AUGAUUUUUCAGAGUGUUAAUGAGUUUAGAGAUGCUGUGACUAGAUAUUCACUUCAGAAGCAUAUUCAGUUAGAUAAGUUUGUCAAUGAGCCUUCAAGGGUGAGGGUCACAUGUAGGGAUGGUUGUCCUUGGUUAAUUUAUGCUAAACUGGACAAUUCAACCAAGAAUUUUCAAAUCAAAACAUACUAUCCUAAACAUAAAUGUGUUCAGACCACAAGGAACUAUAUGUGCAAUUCUAAGUACCUAGCCACCCACUACAAAGAUAGAACUACUGAACAACCAAAUAUCAGAAUUUGCAAACUCCAAGAGGCAAUUAGGAAGGAACUUGGUGUACAUGUUGGCAGGUCCACUGUUAGGAGAGCUAGAUCUAAGGUUUUACUAGAGAUCAUGGGUGAUCAAGAAAAAGAGUUUGGAAGAAUACUUGAUUACAGAGAUGAAGUGUUGAGAACAAAUCCAGGAAGUACUUGUGUGGUGAAAGUGUCUACUACAGAAUUUGCUGAAGAUGGUAAACCUUGCUUCUUAGGUUUCUACAUCUGUUUUGAUGCCUUGAAAAGGUCAUUUUUGAGUGGUUGUAGAAGAUGCAUUGGGUUAGAUGGUUGUGUCUUAAAGGGUUGUAGCAAAGGUCAACUGCUAGUUGCUGUGGCUAAGGAUGGCAACAACCAGAUGUUGCCAAUUGCUUGGGCUGUUGUGGAGUGUGAGAACAAAACCACAUGGGCUUGCUUUUUGAAAAUAUUGAUUGAAGACUCGAACUUAGGCGAUGGGACUGGUUACACAGUCAUUUCAGAUAUGCAGAAGGGGCUUCUUGCCACUAUAAAAGAGCUCCUACCAGAAGCGGAGCAAAGGCAAUAUUUGAGUAGAAAUUUGAACAAAUUACAGCUGCUUGGUGGUGACAAGAUUGUUGAGGAUUUACUCUACUACAAGGAACACACUUUUUGUAAGGUAUACUUUAAUACUGAAACUAAGUGUGACAUCAUUGACAAUAAUAUGGCUGAGAGCUUUAAUGCUUGGAUCUUGCCUACAAGACACAAGACCAUCAUAACCAUGCUAGAAGAAAUUAGGAUUAAGGUAAUGAAUAGGAUAAGUGUGAUGAGGUCUUUUGCAAACACUUGGGUCACAAGAAUAUCUCCAAUGGCAUUAAGGACAUUAGAAGAAAACAUGGGGAAGUCAAUGAACUGUAAUAUUGUGUUUAAUGGUGAGCAUGGGUUUGAGAUUCUUGAUGGUCCAUAUCAGCACACUGUUGAUAUUGUCAAUGAGAAAUGUAGUUGUAAGUCAUGGCAGCUCAAAGGAAUACCAUGUCCACAAGCCAUCUGUGCCAUGUUGUACAAGAAGUAUGAACCUAUUGAAUAUGUCCAUGAAUAA